AUGUCGUCAUCUUCAAGGGACGUGCCGGGGACUCUAAAGGGCUCCCACGGCCCCGGAGGAGAGCACAUUCCGCACGUCGAGUGUGUGUCGCAGACCCUGCUCCGCAUUAACCAGUGGGACCCUGAAGGCCAGGCUGAGAUCUUGGUGUUUGGUCAGCCUUCUUACCAAAAGGAUGUGUCCAAGAUGAUCAUGAACUUGGCCUACUAUCACCGCCAGCUCCGGGCGCAAAGCUCAGGGAGGAGCGCUGCCCAGGACACCGAGGCCCAGCGGUCCCCCGACGCUGCUGAGGAGACCGAGGCCCAGCGGUCCCCCGACGCUACCCAGGAGGCUGCGACCCAGAGGUCCCCCGACGCUACCCAGGAGGCUGCGACCCAGCGGUCCCCCGACGCUACCCAGGAGGCUGCGACCCAGCGGUCCCCCGACGCUACCCAGGAGGCUGCGACCCAGCGGUCCCCCGACGCUACCCAGGAGGCUGCGACCCAGCGGUCCCCCGACGCUACCCAGGAGGCUGCGACCCAGAGGUCCCCCGACGUUACCCAGGAGGCUGCGACCCAGAGGUCCCCCGACCCUACGCAGGAAGGGGCGACCCAGAGCCCGGUUCCCAGGUUAUGA